GAAGGGUUAUUUAGUUGAAAAAAAUUCUAAAAACUUUUGUAUAAAUACGGUGAUAGAUUUAAUACUGUUAUUCAUUUCAGUUUUUGAAAUUGAAGAAUUACCUUCUUGACAAAUCAAAUAACGGAGCAAAAUGUUUAAACUUCUUUUGUCAGCGUGUAUAGUAGCCAUUGCAUAUGGUGGAUAUGUGGUACCACAAUUGCAGCCAGUAACUACCAACUACGUUAGGGGUGUGGUUGUACCUUAUGGAGUUGGAGUUGGUCGUGUUGGAGUUGGACAUGUUGGAUCUGUAGUUGGACUUGGACCAGUUGGAGUUGGAGUUGGUCCUGUUGGAUCUGUCGUAGGAGUUGGACCAGUUGGAGUUGGAGUUGGUUCCGUUGGAUCUGUCGUUGGAGUUGGACCAGUUGGAGUUGGUUCUGUGGAUUCUGUUGUCGGAGUUGGACCAGUUGGAUCAGUUCGAGUCGGCUCAGUUGGACAUGGAGUUGUAGGUGGAGUGGGAGUUGUAUAAACUUAAAAAAAACAAAAAUAAUUUUUUAUGAAAAUAUGCGUAUUACAAAAAAUACAAUUGAGUGGAAAUUCCAGAAAAAAAAAUUGUGUGCAAAUGAUUGGUAAAAUGUGACAAAAAAAAAAAUUUAUCUGAAAAAAAAUUGUACUAUAAUUUGUGAAAUAAAAAAACUAUAUUUGGAAUAUUA